CGUUGACUCUUGAAUCCCACAGUUGGUCAUUGAUCUGUGGCGUUAGAGGCGCAUCUGCGCGUUCGUGGCUCCAGGGUCACACCUUCUGCAGACAGCUGCGCAGGAGGAAGGUGAUUCCCUGCAGGCAGUUGGAGCAACUCACCGACCACAGGGGGAAAAUAGACUAAUUAGAAGAAAACGUGGGCUGCUUUCAGACAGUUUCCACAUCUUGCUGAGAGAGGAGACUCGGCAUAGAUGCAGGCUCAUCCACUGGGCAUGCUCAAUCUGCUUUGGAAACAGGAGCAGAAAGACUCGGUGUGGAUAACAGGCAGUUUGGGCGUUUUUGUUUUUGUCUUUUGAGAAGGAUCAUCAUGGUAGUGGUCAUCUUCGCUUCUCAUCAGUCUGUCUGGUAGAAGAAAGAGGAUCCUUCAGCCUUUAAUCUGAUUUGGGAUGUUCUUCAUCCCGAUCGCGCCUGAAUGACAGCAGUGAUCUGAUCCGAUCUGCUGAGACAAAGAGCAGCGGUGGCGGAGAGAGGGAGCAGGCUGAGCUCAGCGCGAAGGAGGGCAGUCUGUAGGCAGUCUGCAUCAGGCGCUGUCCGCUCAGCACCACCGCAGUCACCUUGCUGUGUCACGAACAUCUGGUUCUAACCGUUUGAGAUCUUCUAUGAGAACAUCUAGCAGCGAUGUGACGUCCUUCCCUUUAAGGUGAUCCCAUUGGCUGCACUCAUUUUGGAUUUCGAUACCUUCAGCAGAGCCUGACAUUAUUAGUCUACAAUCCACCAGAUGCAUGUCACAUGCUGGUAAAGGAAACAGGGUAGUGGAGGGGAUGCAUGAACAUUUCAAACACAUUCCUUCCCAAUUGGCGACAGGUUGCUUUCGUGCGUAAUUGCUGUGCGCUGUUAGCGGGGUCCGCCUAGACUGACCUUUGCAAUGAGGGGAACUUAGUGGAGAAAUGCAUACGGGACGCGAUGGGCCUGAGCGACGACAAGGAUCGCAUUGUGAUCAACGUGGGAGGGAUCAGACAUCAGACAUAUCGCAGCACCCUGCGCACCCUACCUGGAACCCGCCUGUCCUGGUUGGCCGAGCCUGAUGCGCCGAACCACUUCGACUAUGACGCCAAGAUCGACGAGUUCUUCUUCGACCGCCAUCCGGGCGUCUUUGCACACAUCCUUAACUAUUACAGGACAGGUAAACUGCACUGCCCGGCCGACGUCUGCGGGCCGCUGUAUGAGGAGGAGCUGGCCUUCUGGGGCAUCGAUGAGACAGACGUGGAGCCAUGCUGCUGGAUGACCUAUCGACAGCACAGGGAGGCGGAGGAGGCCCUUGAUAGCUUCGGGGGAGGGGGUCUGUUAGACCUGGGGAGUGAGGAUCCGGAGCCAGAGCCGGAGCAUGAGGAUGAUGAUGAGAUGACCAGGAGGCUGGCGCAGGGAGACUCACCUGAUGUGAGGAGCGGCAGCCUGUGGAGCCGCUGGCAGAAGCGGGUCUGGGCUUUGUUUGAGGAUCCAUACUCUUCAAAAUAUGCAAGGUGGAUUGCUCUGGCAUCACUCUUCUUCAUUCUUGUGUCCAUCACCACCUUCUGUCUGGAGACCCACGAAGCCUUCAACCCCAUUGUGAAUCGAACUGACACGGAGCUAGUGGACAACGAAACCAUAGUGAGCACGUACCAGGAGACCGAGACGGCAGCCUACCUCACCUACAUCGAGGGCGUCUGCGUGGUUUGGUUCACUUUUGAAUUUCUGAUGCGAAUAACUUUCUGUCCAAACAAAUUUGACUUCAUUCGGAACGCUCUCAACAUCAUCGAUUUUGUUGCCAUCCUGCCCUUCUACCUGGAGGUGAGCCUCAGUGGACUCUCCUCCAAGGCAGCGAAAGACGUGCUGGGAUUCCUGAGAGUGGUCCGCUUUGUGCGGAUCCUCCGUAUCUUCAAGCUAACCCGUCACUUUGUGGGGUUGCGAGUGCUAGGUCACACUCUGAGGGCCAGCACCAACGAAUUCCUCCUACUCAUCAUCUUCCUGGCUCUGGGCGUCCUCAUCUUUGCCACUAUGAUCUACUACGCAGAACGCAUUGGAGCUGACCCCAACGACCCAAGAGCCAGUGAGCAUACACAGUUCAAGAACAUCCCGAUCGGAUUCUGGUGGGCGGUGGUGACGAUGACGACCCUCGGCUAUGGCGAUAUGUACCCUCAGACGACCUUUGGUAUGCUGGUGGGAGCUCUGUGUGCCCUGGCAGGCGUGCUGACCAUCGCCAUGCCCGUACCCGUAAUUGUCAACAAUUUUGGAAUGUACUACUCCCUGGCAAUGGCUAAACAGAAACUACCAAAGAAAAAAAACAGACAUAUCCCCAGAGCACCCCAACCAGGCUCUCCCAACUACUGCAAGUCCAGCAUCAGCUCCCAGCAUCCAAGUCCUAUACCCCAUGACGAUGUGUUUGAGAUCAAAUUUCAAGAUUCAAAGCUGAACGGUGAAGCGGCUAACGCAGCACUGGCUAAUGAAGACUGCCCGCACAUAGACCAGGCCAUAUCUCCCGAGGAAAUCUUCAGCCCCAGCGAGCGAGAGCGGCCCUGCUUCUUGGUCACCACGGCUGAACACCCCAACCACACGGGGGGCAGAGUAAGGAGGGGUUAUGAAAAGCCUUGGAGCCUUAACAGCAUGUCUGGCAUGAGCGGGGAUGCCUCUGGAGUGUCCUCAGUGUCCGCCCUGCCCUGCAGCCCACCCUGUCUAAUGCAGCACUCACAUUCUCCCAUCCCAUCCAUUAUGUAGCAUGGUUGAGUAGCAGACACAAUGCCAUUGGAAGGCCAGUCCACAAUCCUCCUUCUUAUCUCUUCUGUCAGACUUUGCUUUGACACUUGCCGUUGCUCCUGCUUUUCUUUUCUUCUCAUUUUUGUUUUUCUUUUCCCUGGAACAAUGUACCUUAACUGUGCUUAAAACUUAAGCUUCCCAAGUGAUCUACUUGGGUGUGUCAUCAUAUUCUAGAUUAGACAACAUUGGCAGAUGCCACUCUGCAUGGGUCACCUCAGCUGCAGACAAAGCACCGUUCUACUGCAGGCUAACUCCUCUUUUUUUUUUUCCUGUGUUGACAUCAUUGCCUGUUGCUCUGUUGCUUUUGAUCUCAUACUCUUCUACUAAUAAGUUUGAUCUCAUUUGCUUUUUGGGGGCUAGAAAUUUGUUAAAUAUUCUUUUCAUGAGAUGUAACCCCUGCUGAUACAAUGCUGGAAAUUUACUCAUUGCUUUGAAACAUAUCCAAAAAGCUGUUAAGGCAACUGUCAAGUGCUUUGUACGUUGCAAAGUAGAGACGUUUUCAUGCUGAAGUGCAAUCCAGACAAGACUCCAUGUCAACUGAGUGGCCAUUAAAGAAUAUAUAUAUAUAUACAAAUAUAUAUUUGAACGCAAUGUUCACAAUGUCCAAUGCAAUAUGGAGAUUAUGGCAAAUCCUUUGAUGCCAUUGAUGAAUAUAUUUAUUGUCAACUGAACUGAAACUGUUAAUUUGCAUGAACUGCAUGGUAAAUCAUGUUCAACCAGAAGCUAAUUGUAAUGCAGUACCUGUAAAGGAAGAAAAAGAAUUUAAAAGCUUGCUAAGCUUUGUCAUUCUUAUGCAUUUCAAUACAGCUUUACAAGAGCCUCAGUCAUAGCAGAAUCUUCUAUGUAGCCGCCAUUCUUUGCCUUUCCCCAACUCUAUACAUUUACUUUCCUUGUCACCAUUUGGCCGGGAGUUCAGACUAUAAAGAGUCGUCAAACUUCAACAUAUUUGUCAUAAAAGCCAACAAAUGCUGUUGUGAGCAUAAAUACUUUUUAUAUGACAGUAUUUACUAUUAAUUUAGGGUUUUUAAAACUCUGUUAAUACGUUUCAGGAAGUUCUGUUACUGCUCUGCUGCUUGAACUGAUGCAGGACUCAUGGGACAUACAGGUGCACCUCAAUAAAUGAACGAGUUACUUUAGUAGCCAAAGCUAGAAAAUGAAACUCAGACUAAUUACAUAAAAAUAUUUCAAGCAUUUAUAUCUGUAAAUAAGACCAAUAAAAUGACAUUUUGAGACACGAGUCUUAUGAAGUUUGUGGGAACAUGACAGCCUUGAUGGGAGAAAAGUUAAGCCAUCAGAAGUCUAAUAAAGAAGCUGGUUGUUUACAGAACACUGUAUAAUAUAGAAGGUUCAGCGGAGGGAAAAUGUGUUUUCACAAAAAGGAUUAAAAGCAUUAAAAGGAGUAUUUACACCCUUAAGGAGAUUGUGAGGCAGUGUGUGUACUGCUGAGUUUUCUAGUGGAUGGACUGCAGAGAGAAAUGAGACAGGACUGUUGCUCAGUGGUCAAAUAUCCUAGAUUCAAAUUUUAAUCGUAGCAAAGAUUCCAAGGUCUGCAGGAAGAGUAGCUUGGUAUUUCAGUUUCAUGUUGGUGAAGCCUGAAUGAGCCAUAUCAUAAGCCGGUGUUGCUUUACUUGGUUUUAUCCAGUUCAAAGUCAGAGCAUCUAAAGCAUGCAUCAUGCUUCAUUCUGGGAGUUAAGGCCUGGUUCUCCUCCCGCAGCAGCGUGUCGCAGAUGUUUUUGAUUUCUGCCCAAUAUUGAAGCGUGGUCUGCGUUAUUUUAUUCCACGCCACAAAGCCAGAGGGCCAAUCAGGAACUAGAUAGGGCCGAAUCGGUGAGGAAGUGGGGGCAAGUUUGUGCGACAAU